AUGGCUAAUUUCACUAUGAGUGGGUUUCUUCUAAUGGGAUUUUCUGCGAAACCUGAGCUAGAACUCUUUCAUGCUUCACUAUUCUUAGUCUUAUACACGGUGGCAUUAACUGGCAAUCUCCUCAUUAUCACCUCAAUUUCCAUGGACAAUAGUCUCCACUCACCCAUGUAUUUCUUCCUGAAACAUCUCUCCUUUCUAGAUCUGUGCUAUAUUUCCGUGACUGUGCCAAGGUCCAUUUAUAGCUCUUUCCUGCAUAGUGACUACAUUUCCCUCGGUGAAUGCAUAGUGCAGUGCUUUGCUUUCACUCUCUGUGCUUCUGCUGAGCUGUAUAUGCUCACGGUGAUGUCUUAUGAUCGCUACGUGGCCAUCUGCUUUCCACUGCGCUACGAAAUCAUCAUGGAUGUCAGCACCUGUGUCCGUGGAGUGCUAAGCGUCUGGAUCAGUGGGGUCAUAACUGGAAUCAUGCACACAGUUGCCACUUUCUCCAUCCACUUUUGUGGUUCCCACAUCAUUCACCAGUUCUUCUGUGACAUCCCCCAGCUCCUGAAACUCUCUUGUUCUAAUGAGUACAUCAACGAGGUUGGGGUCAGUGCCUUUUUGUCACUAAUGGCACUUCUUUGCAUUGUCUUUAUUGGAGUGUCCUACACACAUAUAUUCUCUACAGUGCUGAGAAUGCCGUCUGCUGAGGGCAGAGCUAAGGCCUUUUCCACUUGCAUUCCCCACCUUGCUGUGGUCAUAUUAUUUAUUUCAACCAGUGUCUUUGAGUUUUUCAAGCCAACUUCUGACUCUCCAAGUGCACUAGACAUUUUGCUCACUAUUAUGUACACAGUUGUGCCCCCAACACUGAACCCAAUGAUCUAUAGCCUGAGGAAUAAAGCCAUAAAGGUUGCUCUAAGAAAGAUUUUCCAAAGAAGAAAAGCUGAUAUGUUUUGUUGA